AUGGCAAAUGGAAGGGCAAAAGCCACACUUUUCACUGCAGUUCUAUUUUCUUCACUGACUAUCUGGGCUGUUCAUUUUCAACAACAGCAGGAAAGAGACUCCAUGUAUAAAGGCGUAUUAAAAGAUGAUGAACGCCGUCGUGAAAAAAUGCGGCAGAGAGAAGAGGACCUACUCGCCUCCCAAAAGAAGAGGGAACUUUAUGAACGAGUGCAGUCUGUUGAAAAAUCUCCAAAUCAUUGA